AUAAAGAAAGAAAAAAAAAUCUCUUCAGAUCUCGCGAAAGUACACAUUCCCGUUUGACCUGUUUUCCCACACCUAACCAAGGGAUCAGCUGACCUGUCAAAAUAUUACUCAGCGCAUGGUGGCGUGUCUAUUUUGGACCAUUUGGUGACAACAUGGCAACCAAGAUGGAGCUAGCGCCUCUCCGACCAUGGGACGACUUCUUUCCCGGAGCGGACCGAUUUGCAAAACCAGAUGUUAGCGACUUAGCUAAGUGGAACAACAGAAUGAUCAGUAAUUUAAUGUAUUACCAAACCAAUUACUUCGCUGUGGCCGUGGUGGUUUUCUUGAUUGUGGGGUUCCUAAAUCCCUUCGGCAUGUUUCUGGGAGGAACUGUGGUGACUCUGGUCUUUGCAGGGUCUGUGUGGGCUGGAGAAAACAAGGCCACCAUCAAAAGUUUCAAAAGGAAGAAUCCAACUCUGUUUGUUAUCGGUGUCAUGGUCACAAGUUAUUUCCUGCUGUCUCUCUUUGGUGGUGUCAUGGUCUUCAUCUUUGGGAUUACUUUCCCAUUGCUCUUAAUCAUGAUCCAUGCCUCUCUGAGACUGCGCAACAUGAAGAACAAGCUGGAGAACAAGAUUGAAGGAGCUGGCUUGAAGAAGACCCCCAUGGGCAUCAUCAUGGAUCUCCUGGAUCAGCAAGAGGACAAAAUGAACAAAAUUCAGGACAUUAUCGAAAGCAGACUCAAGUAAUAAUCCUUUAGCCAGCAAUGUGUCAAACAGUGCCCCAUCUAUAUAGAAAACAUUAAUGAAAAAUCUACUUUUCCACAUUUUAUAAUCAUAUCAGUUUGGUUUACAAACUCAUGUCACUUUGCAAGCUCACAAUAUUUAAAUUGGUAAGAACUUUUUAAAAGUUUGUGCAAUCUUUGUACAGUGAGGAUGAUGAUAGGCAUGGUGCGCUGAAAGUUAUUAAGCAUUCCUUUGUCCCAAAAAACAUUCAAUUCAAGAUCUUUUUUUUUUUUACACUCCAUUUACUUUUACAUUUGAAAAAGAUCCCGACAAUAAAAUUAAGUAUUCACAAAUCACAUGCAUAUUGGAUUUUUUUUUUCUUCUUAAGCACAAAUGCUUUCUUGAAGGUAUUCUACCUCAAAAAUGAACAUGCUCACUGUCAUGACAAAUUCAAGUAUUUAAACUGUUGGUUACACAGCAAUAAAUAAAUAUCUGUUUCACUAGAAAAAAAUUGUUUUGCAAUCACUUUGUUUUUUUUUUGUUUCCUUAUUUGUUUUGAGUGUGUGCACGUUUUUGUGUUAUCAUAGGACUCCUAGUUAUCUAGACCCCUCCAUCCCAAAUGAUUUAAGCUAUGCAAUAUUCAAAAGUGAAUGGCAAAUGCAGCUUUGUUUUAAUGUAAAGCCAUGAUAUGCACAUAUUUGUUUUACUCUGACAAACUAGCAGCAGCAAUGAGGGUAACCUUGUUCUAAGGAAUAAAUCUUAUUAAAUCAUAAACCAAGUUAUGUCAAGCAGAAAUAUUAUGUGUUUAUUUAAAACUGCUCCAAUUUUUGGUUUUUAUUAUUUUUGCAGAUGUGUCCUGUGGUUUUUCCUUGCAGCCGUCUAUGCAUGUGACAAACACAAGUAGCAAAUCUGUUAGGAGAGCUUUACAUGUGUUGUUAUUUUAUGUAUGUUCUUCAUUCCUUAAAAAAUGUAUUAACUGGAAGCCAAAUAAAGCUGUCUAAAAAUA